AAAUUGAUGAAAAGACAAGGAAAAGCGCGAGUGCAACAUCUUCGAUUUCUUCCGUUGAAAUUUAUUUAUAGUAUAUCGGCGAUAAACUAACAAGAUCACCGACCUUCACCCAGUUUCGCAUAACGGUCCAAUAAUUUCUAAUGCACGAGACACGUAAUCGUGAUACGAUUGAACGACUAACUGACGAUGAAUUAAACACAAUGCGAUGGCUCAAGAUAAGACUAUCAAAGAUCUCUUCAACAGCACGUCCUGUGCAAAACCACCUUACAUCUGUCCGCAUCCGCAGAUAGAGUUCUAUCUGUACACCAGGGAAACGCAACAAAAUCCGGUGCUCCUAGACGUUCGAGAUUUUAAUUCCCUCCGAAAUUCCACGUUCAAUAAGAUCCAUCCGACGAAGAUCAUUAUUCACGGCUUCGGCGGUGGACGAAAUUUAGCGCCCAGCACAGAUUUACGAGAUGCGUAUUUCACGCGAGGCGAUUACAAUAUUAUAAUCGUGGAUUACGGUUUGUUGGUACGCGAGCCCUGUCUCUCGCAGAUCUCAUGGGGUCCGGAUUUCUGCUCCCAAUGCAUCGCUCAGCUGGUGAAGUACCUGAGGGACCAUCCGCGCGGGACGAGGGCGGAAAACAUACACGUGCUCGGGUACAGCGUGGGCGCGCAUAUCGCUGGACUCAUCGCAAAUUAUUUGCCCAAUGACAAGCUCGGGAGAAUUACGGGCCUCGAUCCGACGAUAUUUUUCUACAUGAACGGCAACCGAUCGAUGGAUUUAGACGAAACGGAUGCCCAUUUUGUGGACGUGAUCCAUACAGCCGCGGGCAUCCUGGGCCAAUGGGGGCCCACCGGCCACGCGGACUUUUACGUAAACGGUGGCUCGAGUCAACCCGGAUGCGCCACUUCUUCUAUACUCCAAACUCUCUCGUGCGAUCACACAAAGGUGACGCCGUAUUACAUAGAAUCGAUCACGACGAAAAAGGGAUUUUGGGCGGCGCCGUGCGCGAACCUGUUCUCUUACCUGAUCGGCUGGUGCAAUCCCAAGAGAGAGGACCACAUCCUGAUGGGGGAGGAUACCCCUCAUACAGCACGCGGCAUCUUCUAUCUGUCAACAAACGCACGCAAACCGUACGCCCGAGGACUGCCCGGAAAAAGCCAGCGACGGACAAAUCGGAAGCAAUCGUCCUCCCGCCAGUAUUGAGUCUGUUGAAGCAGCUAAUCAAUAUAAUUAUAGAGUAACAUGUGUCGUAACAUGAAUCAGUCAAAGAGUUAAGUUAUAUACAUAUAUAUAUAUAUAGAUAUACGUUACUUUGAUAUAUAAGUUAUAUUUACAUCGUUGCACGCGACUUCUUGUACAUUUAAUCUUGUCUCCUCGCCUUUUUUAUUAAAUAAAAAAUGUUUUUACCAUUGUAUAUUGUGCGAAACGCAAGAAUUUAUCGUCUCCUAGACUGCCUUUGACGUACGAUCAUGAGCAUAAUUAAUGGUUUCGCACGCGGUUGACAUGCAAUACUUUCACCAUCGUGCUCUUCUCACACUUAUCGUGUUGCAUUUCAUAAAUUAUAUUUAUUCAUGGAAGUAU